AGAUGCAACCCCUGUCCGUUAGGAUUAGCUCUUGGCCUGGCUCGCCCGUUCGAGCUGCAGCGCCGGCUGUUCCCCAUUGAAGAAAAUGGUCGAAGAUUUUGCAGUCAAUCUUUGGCCAUCCCGCAAACAGAAGCCGAACAGCGAGCAGAGAUUAGGGCAAAGCCAGGUCCAGGGAGCCCCUUCACCUUGCUCCGGAGAAACUAAGAAAGCAUGUUGUUCAUAAAACGAAGAUGGCGGCCACCUCUCCUCCCUCCCUUUCCUCCUCCUUCCAUACUUUCCUCCUAUUCUUCCUCGCCGGCCGCCGCCGAAACGACUACCUCCUCCUCUUCUCCUCUACCCUUCAUGGCGGAGUACCUGAUGGAUCGUCUGGGCUACUCCAAGGAG